AUGAGCUCCCCCGGCACGGAGGGCGCGGGCAAGCCGCUGCAGUACCGCGUGGACCACCUGCUGAGCGCCGUGGAGAGCGAGCUGCAGGCGGGCAGCGAGAAGGGCGACCCCACGGAGCGGGAGCUGAGGGUCACGCUGGAGGACAACGACCUGUGGCUGCGCUUCAAGGAGCUCACCAACGAGAUGAUCGUCACCAAAAACGGCAGGAGGAUGUUCCCGGUGCUGAAGGUGAGCGUGUCGGGGCUGGACCCCAACGCCAUGUACUCCUUCCUGCUGGACUUCGUGGCGGCCGACGGGCACCGCUGGAAGUACGUGAACGGGGAGUGGGUGCCGGGCGGGAAGCCGGAGCCGCAGGCGCCCAGCUGCGUCUACAUCCACCCCGACUCGCCCAACUUCGGCGCGCACUGGAUGAAGGCGCCCGUCUCCUUCAGCAAAGUCAAACUCACCAACAAGCUCAACGGCGGCGGGCAGAUCAUGUUGAACUCUCUGCACAAGUAUGAGCCAAGGAUUCAUAUAGUGCGAGUGGGUGGCCCACAGCGGAUGAUCACCAGCCAUUCCUUCCCAGAGACCCAGUUUAUAGCCGUGACGGCCUACCAGAACGAGGAGAUCACAGCUUUAAAAAUUAAAUACAAUCCAUUUGCAAAGGCAUUUCUUGAUGCAAAAGAAAGAAGUGAUCACAAAGACAUGAUGGAGGAAGUGGGAGACAACCAGCAGUCUGGGUAUUCGCAGUUAGGUAGCUGGCUUCUUCCUGGGACUGGGACUUUGUGCCCACCUGCCAAUCCUCACCCCCAGUUCGGAGCCCCGCUGUCGCUCUCCCCUGCUCACAGCUGUGAAAGGUACUCAUCGCUGAGGAACCACCGUCCUGCCCCCUACCCCAACCCCUACACCCACAGAAACAACUCGCCAACCUAUGCCGAUAACUCCUCUGCCUGCCUUUCCAUGCUGCAGUCCCAUGACAACUGGUCUUCUCUAGGAGUUCCCCCACACACGACGAUGCUGCCCAUGAGUCACAGCACUGGCACAGCUACCAGCUCCAGUCAGUAUCCUAACUUAUGGUCUGUGAGUAACAGCACCAUCACACCGGUGUCUCAGUCGAGCGGGAUGUCCAACGGCCUGAGCUCCCAGUUUUUACGCGGCUCUCCAGCGCACUACACUGCCCUUCCGCACCCGGUCACUGCCGCCUCCUCCGCCUCCCCCCUGUACGACGGCGGGGCACCCACGGACCUGCCCGACAGCCAGUACGAUGCCUCCGCACAUGCCAGGCUAGCAUCCACGUGGACGCCCGUCACUCCCCCUUCCAUGUAAACCCAGACCUUUUCCUGUAAGACAGACUUUUUAGCUACUGAAUUACUUUAAAUGCUUAAUCCUCAAGGAAGAGAGAAAGGAGACAUGAAGUAAAUUACAGUCAAAGCAUCUGCACUGCUUUGCAUAGAGCAUCUACAUUAUACCUCUUAUAUUGAACAGUGCAUCAUUGACUUCCUGUAGAGUUUACAAACCUGGUGAGCGUGCAAUUCUGAGAGCAGAUUCACUGCUUUUAAUCUUUUUUCUUUUUUGUUUUCAUUUUAAGUUUGAUAGACCUAAGUUUUAAGAUUUUUACUUAGAUUCCAAAUUUCUCAGUGUUCUGAUAUAUUUGGACCUGAAGUUUGGCAUCAUUCUUGAGUAAGUUACUCCUAACUGGUUUUCAGUUAAUUUUUUUAAUGGCAAACUUAGCUAUAGUCAUGAGAAGACUUUUAUUAACUGUCUAGUUAGAAGCAUUCUGAAAUAUGCACAAAUGUAGCUGCGGAGUGAAGUUUUUGGAAAAUCAUGUGCACUAACACGUAUUUGCCUCACAAAUACGUUGUGUUCUUAACUGUAUGCUUAUUUCCUUGCUGCUGAAUUAACGUCGAGACAAUCUGCAAGAACUAUAUUCUUCUUAAUAAAUGCAGCGUUAAUGUUUGGUCUAAAUUGUUUUACCCAAAAGACUCCUUUUAGAGGUAAGUUUUGCUGUUUGAUCAUAUAGAUUUCACAUACCUUAGCUAAACAUUUCAUUUUAAACAGCCAGUAUCUAAUAAGGAGCCCUAUCCAAAACCUUUUUGAGCCAUUGAAAAAAUGUCACUGUUUGGGUUUGGUUUUUUUUUUUUUAAUGGUCUCUGGCUCAGGCCUUAAUGGAGAAAAUUCAACACCUGGAGAAUCAUUCUAAUUUAUUUUAUUUCAAUAUUGUACUCUGUUGAUCUAUAUUUAUUAUUUGGUAAGUUACAACUUUAUUUUCUACAUGUUAAGAUAUGUAAAUAAUCCCUCAACCUACGGUGUACUCUUUUAAGACAAUCAAACGUGGGAUAUGUCACCCAACGGCACAUUGAACAGCAUGGAUGUAAGUAGUUAACUUAUUAUAAGAGGGAAAGCUCUAGUUACCAAUAAUUUGGGGUAAAAGUGCAGAUAUACUAAGCUUUAAAAUACACUGACUGCUUGACUUGCUGGAAAGAUCAGGUCUUGAUAAAAUACUUCCUUCAGGACUGAUAUUAAGUAAUAUGACCUAAAUUUCUAAUGCAGGCUAACCCAAAACAUUGGCUCAAAGUGUGCCCUUGGACAUGUCUCUUUGUCCCACUGACUCUAGCAAGUACAUAUCCUGAGGAACAUGAAUUGUUUUGCAUAAGCCAUAAUAAAUAACUUUUAUAAUGAAGUGCCUAACAUAGCAAAGCAAAAUUCUAUAUCAGGGAAUUCCUUAAAUAACUCAUGUGCUACAGUGGCAGCUUUAAGACGAAAAAGCAAAUAUUUGCCACCAUUUUGGUCUCUUUGGCACCCUAUGGGCAGGUCCUUGCACCUAGAAAGACUUUGGCAGGGCUUUCUCCCUGCAGAAGGAUUUGCAUGCAACUGCAGGCUGCGGUCUCCUGGAGAUACUCCAGCAGGAGACAGCACCAGAAGCAGAUGGCUGCACGACCGCAUUCUCUGUCAAUAUGUAAAUAUUGAUCUAAGUGCUCCUAUUUUAUUGUGAAGGUAAAUUGUGUAAAUGAUGUAAGUGCAUUAUUAUUUAGACUAUUUUGUAGAAAUUAGCAACAUAUUUCGUUGUGAUGUUUUUUUACUUGUAUU